GUUCUGACUCCUCUCUCAUAUUGUUCCAAAACAAACAGCACGAUUGAGCAGUAAAUAAACACAAAUGAUGAGACAAACGGUGAUGAAAUGAAAAGUUUGGGGCAUUGCCCACCCACAUCAUAAAUUUCUAACUUGUCCGCAUUUUUUCGUGGUGAUAUAACUAGUGGGAAUAAUAACUCUCAAUAUUUACCUACCGUUGUUUCAUUCACGAGUUUUCGUAGUUUUGGGAACGAGGAUAGUUUGAAUGGAAAAAAGAGGUGCCAAAAAUUAAGCUUGUGUUUCACGGAGUUUUUCUACUAGUCCAUUGAGAGGAUAAGUUAUUUUUGUUAUACUCUAUAAUCUAUAAUAUUGCGGAUUUAUCGACUAGAUGGAAUUUCGAGAUUUAUUACUGAAAAAGAUAGUCUUUUAGACUAUGUAUCACAUAUAGAUCUACAAAGAUUUUUCCCUUACAGAAUUUCAAACCAUCCCCAAAUCACUCACUGUUUUGAAGGCUCUCUGGAACUCUCAAAUAUUUGUGGAACAUCGAUUCUCAAAAACUGUAUUCAGUAACCUGAACCUUCCAUUAUCGUCCCUUACAUCCGGUACACAUUUCGAAAAAACAUCCACUCAUCAUCCUCCUGUCUCCAUGGUGAUUGCCACAAUUAGUUUCUAGUUUCGAGAGCAAUUCUCUUUAUGAGUAAUUCCUCAAAUAGCAAUUUGUGCAGAUAAUUAACAAAUAGGUUGAAGUUUCUCCGGUGAGAGACAAAUGAUUGUAUCGUUUUCUGUUAUCUUCUUAGAUGGAUAUAUCAGGGAAAAUUAAGUGCUUCCUUCCUGUCCAAACUAAUGGAUUGCUAUCGAGGUACCUCUUCAUGAUCCUGAUUCACCUUAGGAAGGUGUGGUUCCGCACAAAAAGGUUGACGCGCUAUUGGGUACAAACCACGCUAUACCGUCGAAAGUGGGGGUAUAUACUGCAUUCACAGUCUCUCUCCCACAUUGCAACCUAUUCCCAUUCAAUUCAUCCCAAACCAUCGUCGUGAUCAGACAGAUAUCAUAUCCCUUUAUUUAUUUAUCCCAUCGAAAUGUUCAAGUUGAGAAAAAUCAUCGAUAUCCAGGCUGCUAGGAAGCCAGCUCUUGUGGUGGCAAUGAAGAGGGACACCAAUACGAACAGGGUAGCCGAGGAAAGUGUUUUGAAGAUCACCAAGUGCCUGUUCGGAAAAUGUGACCCAGAUGACACUUUGAGGAUGCUGGAAGAACAGAUCGAAAUGGACAAAUUGAGGUUUAUGGAGAGGUUCGGGAUCGAUAUUGACAGUUUGGAAAGGGGUGAAACCGAGAAUGUCAACCCCAACAUCAUGAGGAAACCUUCCGAUGCAGCCUUACAGAAACUGAAUGGAAAUCAGAAGAGGAAAUUGACCACCUUGAAAUCCAAAAGGAUAACAGAUUUUUACAAGGUGAAAAAGCCUCGCAUCCAAGAGAAAGAAAACAAUCCAUCGUGAGAGAAAUGCUCAAGACUCUCGGUUAUUUGUACAUAUUGUUACUGUAUAUAAUGUGAAACUAAAUUAUUUGUUCUAUCUUGAAGGGUACCAUGCAGCGCUUAGUCCAAAGUUAUCUUAAACUGAAUUAUGAAAAUUCUAGUCCUAGUUUAGAUCUAUGUAUAUCUAUUUAUAAGUAUAUAAGACUGUAUGCAAUAAACUGAUCUAUUCUAA